GCUUGCACGUCCAUAAUAAAUUACUCUUGUGAUAAUCCAUCAUUUAUACAUAAAUCCAAACUCAGAAAAUCGACCACCUCCCCCAAUCCUCACCAACUCUUUCCGGCGACAGUAAAAUGAAACCUAUACAUACACAGAUAUAGAUACAAAUGCAUGAUAAUAAUGGAAGGUAGAUUUCAUGAGCAAGAUGACUCCACCAGCACUCUAGAAAACGUGGCCGAUUCUCCACUUUCCCUUGGGGAUGAAGCACCUGAAGAAGUUUACGAGCCGUCGCCCAAAAAAAGGAGAAGCGCAAAGAAGAAGGUAGUGACAAUACCAAUUUGCAGCGAUGGAUCCCGGAGUAAAUCGGAGGUGUAUCCGCCGCCGGAUUCUUGUUCCUGGAGGAAAUAUGGUCAGAAACCCAUAAAGGGUUCACCUUAUCCAAGGGGAUAUUACAGGUGCAGCAGCUCAAAAGGUUGCCCUGCUAGGAAACAAGUUGAGCGGAGCCACCUUGAUCCCACCAUGCUCCUCAUCACCUACUAUUGUGACCACAACCACCCUCUCCUCGCCACCACAAAAUACGACCACCACCACUCUGCCCCGCCAGCGGCCGCCUCCACCUCCUCGUCCGCCACUACUGUUCCCGCCGAGGAAGAAUGUGCUACAUUUGCCAACCGGCCAAAACUCGAGCAGGAGGACAGUGUCUUCACCGAGCUCGCUGUCGAGUUUGGCUGGUUGGCCGAUGUUGGGCGUACAGUACUGGAUAGUCCUGUUAUUUUGGGUUCCACUUGGGCACAAGCCGACUUGGAAGUGUUCAUGCCAAUUGGAGAAGAGGAUGAGUUUUUGUAUGGUGAUUUGGGGGAUUUGCCGGAGUCCUCACAGGUUUUCCGGCGUUGCAGUACAGAGACACCAUGCUAUGGCGGCACAGGAUAAAUAUGUUGAUGAAUUGACUUCCAAUGUGAUAGUUUCAAACGUGAAUAUCAAUAAUAAAUUGAAAGUUGGCAUAGGUUGCGCCACAAUAUAUGCUAAAAGUUUCCGUGGUUAUUGAACAUUUAUUCUUUUCAUCAUCUGUUUUCUUUUCUGUAUGUAACAAUUUGAAAGAAAAAAAACUUUUAGGCAUA